AUGCGAGUCUGUCAUUACGAUUUAUUGGGUGUAGCACGCAAUGCUACUUCAGAAGAGAUAAAGAAAGCAUACUACAAAAAAGCGCUUGAAUGGCAUCCUGAUAAAAACCAUGAAAGAGUGGAGGAAGCGACAAAACAGUUUUCGGCGAUUCAGCAGGCUUAUGAAGUGCUUUCUGAUUCGAACGAACGGGCUUGGUAUGAUAAUCAUAGGGAUGCGAUAUUGAGAGAUGAUGAUGACAUUUACGACGAUUUUGAGGAGGAAGUUAGCGGGCGUAGAAAAUAUCGUGGACCUACAGUCGCGGGAACUACCACCAAUGACCUGAUGAAGUUUUUUGACGCAGGAUGUUUCUCAGGGUUCGAUGAUAAUCCAAAAGGAUUUUUCGCCGUAUAUGGCAAUCUUUUUGAGAAAUUAGCACGCGAAGAGGAAGAAGCAUUCGCCAAUGAAUUCGACGAGGAAGACAGCGCCCAAUUCAUAGAUUUGCCAUCGUUCGGCACAAGCGCUACGCCUUCGAAUUUCGAUGAAGAGACUUCAAGUAAUCCGAUAAAAAUGUUUUACACGGCGUGGCUUGGUUUCUCGACACGAAAAACGUUCAGGUGGCUUGAUAAGUAUAAAUUGUCAGAGGCACCUGAUCGACGUAUUAAGAAAUUGAUGGAGAAGGAGAAUCAAAAAGAACGUGAGACUGGACGAAGGGAUUAUAACGAGGCUGUUCGAGAACUCAUUCGCUUCGUACAAAAACGCGAUCCUCGCUGGAAAUCCUACUUCGAAGAACUUCAACGACGAAACCAAGAACGGAUCGUACAAGCAAAAGCGCGCGCUGCUCGUGACCGCGCGCAACAUAUAGCUGAACUGCAAAAUUACACGGAACAAGAAUGGGCAAGAGUCGAGGAGGAACUCGAUGAAGAUUCCGAUCAGCAGGACGAGGACGAAGAGGAACUCGAAGAAUUUUAUUGUCCAGCAUAUUCAUCAUCAUCAGCAACACCAUCGUCGAAACCGAAAGCUGAUCAAAACCUAAAACAUCUCAACAGUUCUAUAAUUGAAGAAGACGAUGUCAGUGGAGAACAAACAAUAGAUGAAUAUAUAUUACCAUCAUCACUGCAAUCUAACAAGAAGAAUAAAAAGCUGAAAAAGAAAUUAAAAAAACCGAAUUGGGGACACGAUGUCACAGAAGACGAUGAUGACGCACUAAAAAGUAAUAAAAAGAUAAAUAACCAUAAAGAUGGCAUAUCAAUAUCAAAUUCGAAAUUCUCUCACAAUAAAGCAGAAGAAGAGGAUGAUGACGCAAAAUUAUCAGAUUUAAUAAGUAAACAGGCUAAAAUUUCUAUAAAGUCCGAUAAAUUACAAGAUUCUGAGGUGGUGGUGAUAGACAAAUCUGAGGAACAAGAACCACAUUCGGUAAUAGAUAAUAAUAGUCUUGAUCAUAGUGAUGAAAUAAAUCUGAAAAAACAACCACCGCCACAACCGAUAUCACCAAAUAUCAAAAAAGAAAAACGUAAGGAGAAAAAAGAGAAAAAGAAAGCCGAGAUGAUUCAGAAUAAAUGUAAUGUGUGCGAUGCAUCAUUUCCAUCCAGAAACCAACUUUUCGCGCAUAUAAACAAAACGGGACAUUCGUUGGCUUCUGCUGCAGUCGGCGGUGGAGGCCGCGGCAAAUCAGUAAAAGGAAGCAAGAGUAAAGGACGAAAAUGA